UUUAACAUACAACCGAAUGAUCUCGUAUGUACAUACAUACGUUGUAGGAUUCAUUCAUGUAUUUUAAUAUGCUUAUAUAGUGAUAAGUGAAUACAGUCCAGUUUACUGAAAAAAAACACAGCCAUUUUAACUGACUCGCACCAGUAAUCCGUCAUUGUACGAAGACUCGCCAAAAUUACCGUAUAGAGUUCAGCAGUUUUUAAGAAUCAGUUCGGUCGUUUCUGCUGAUGUCCCGCGUAAGCGACCAAUUUUACGAGUCGCGACUCGCCAAAAUUACCAGUGGCACACCGUUGUUCUUACAAUGAACAGUCGUUACGGUGGCGAACGGUUAAAACUACCGAACUUUACAGCAGAAACGACUGUGUUUUUUUCAGUGUUCAGACAGCUGCGAACAGCUGUGUGGAGGACCAAGUAAACAUAACCUAAAAAUGUUGACGUAAAAUAUCUCUCAUCAUUAAAUUAUUAGAUUGUUGUAUAGCUCAAAUGUGAAUUCUGUUAAACAUAUUUAUUUCAAUUCAUCAUGGCUGUUUGCGUAGCUGUAAUUGGAAAAGACAAUUCCCCAAAAUAUAUUAAAUGCACUGAUGAAGCUAAUGCUCUACAAUUCCAUUACAAAGUCCAUACCUCGAUAGACAUUGUUGAAGAAAAGCUGAAUAUUGGCAACAAGACAGCAGUAGAUGUACGGGAGUUGUUCUUAGGAAUGUUAUAUUCAACGGAAGAGUAUAAAAUAUUUGGAUACGCAACAAAUACAAAGAUCAAAUUUAUAAUUGUGCUGCAAUCAUCGAAUGCCACCCUACGUGACAAUGAAGUGCGAAUGAUGUUCCGGAAACUCCACAUUGCUUAUGCAAAUGCAGUUAGUGAUCCAUUUUACAUUCCUGGAGAUCAGAUCCAAUCCAAAACAUUCGAUUCUGCAGUAAUGGAAAUAAUGGGAUUAUUGACAGAAGAAAAGAAACUGUCAAAAUAAUAAAUAGGUUUAUGAAAGAUGUACAUAAUGAACAUAAGAUUAUGCAUAUAAGUUAUUACUAUUAUUAUUGUAUUAUGAUUAAAAUAAUUAAAUGAUUAAUUAUUUUACGCGAUAUGGAACAUUGUGCAGAGCACAUGUUAUAUUAAAAAAUCAUCAAUACUAUAUUUUUUAUCAUCUAAAAUCAUUUAAUAUGGUAUUUAUUGAACGUAUAACGAUAAUAUUAUUCGAAUUAUACAAUUCACAUCAAUUUCAAAAGAUAGUAAAAUUGAAUGUCCUUGAAAAAUAGGAUAUAUAUCAAAGGUUUUCCUUUUCGUAUGUUAAUUUGAUGUUAAUCAAUUAUGCACCGACUGGUUCAGAUGAUUCAAUAUUGCAUAGAAUAAUUUCACGGAAUUGGUCUGACGUUAUUUUACAAUGCAGGAAAAUUCAGCUCUUUUAUCGCGAUUUUUAUAAAAACUACGCGCUUAUAUUUACCUUCACAUGCAGUGCAAAUGUCUGAAGGCUUCUCGUAUUUAAAUUUAUGAAAACAGAUUCAUACUAAGUAUCUCUCUUAUCUUUCCUUACCGCGAACACAUGACAUAAUUUUCUAAAAAAGUUUGAUAAAAAAUUGCAACUAUGCAAUAAAGUUCAUGUUUCAUACGUUUAAUACUUUCAUAAUGAUCUAUAUUAUGAACCAUGAAAUUCUAUUUGAAACCCAGGAUAAUAUGUAUUACAACAGUAUUCCUCUUCGCACCUCAAACGUUAUAGUACGUACUGGAUGCAAAAAAGAGCUUAGAUGCAAUUAUAAAGCACUUUAUGGUAUACCGCUUUAUAGGAAAAAAUAUAAUUAUCGUUCAC